AUGGGCAAUCUACCUUUGCCCAGAAUAUCUCAAGUAAAGCCCUUUUUGCAUUCCGGUGUUGACUACGGAGGUCCUUUCACAAUAUUCAUGAGUCGAUAUCGAGGCGCCAAGAAAUGUAAAUCUUACAUAUGUUUAUUUGUUUGCAUGUCAACUAAGGCCAUGCAUCUGGAAUUGGCCUCGGAUUUGAGCAGUGAUGCAUUUUUGGCAUGUUUGAGAAGAUUUGUCUCGCGGCGAGGUCGAUGCGCGCAUCUCUAUUCCGAUCAGGGUACUAAUUUCGUAGGAUCCAGCAACGAAAUUAAAAAUAUGCUUAGGGAUACAACGAGUGCUGAAACUAUCGAACAUCACUUCCUUCCGGGUAACGCACCCCAUAUGGGUGGACUGUGGGAGUCAGGAAUUAAAGCGGUGAAAACACAUUUGAAGAGGGUAAUCGGUGAACAAGUUCUCACCUACGAAGAAUUUUACACUGUUUUAACGCAGAUCGAAGCAGUGCUGAAUUCACGGCCUCUCACCCCCCUCAGUUCGGACGUGAAUGAUUUGUCGGAGUAUUUACAUACCCUUCAACAACGCAGUAAGUGGCUCACUUCAUCCCCCCCUCCAGCGAUAGGGACAUUGGUCCUCAUUAAAAGUGACAAUGCACCCCCAUUACAAUGGGAGAUGGGACGUAUUAUGAAAGUCCAUCCUGGAUUAGAUAACGUAGUCCGAGUUGCUACGGUGAAAACACGACGCGGUACCUUGAAAAGACCGCUUCUUAAGUUAUGCCCGUUGCCCAUUGAUGAUGUAAAAGCUUGA